GAUCAAAAAAAUGGCGCUGAAAGCUAUGAUCGUCCAGCUGCUUGUUGCUCUUGUGACAGUAAACUUUGCGAUGUCGACCAGAAUUGUAGGUUUUAGCCCAACAAAUUCGGGGUCCCACUAUUUCACCAUAAAGAAAGUUAUGGAGGAAUUGUCCGCGCGCGGACACGAGGUAAGUUCAAAGAGCAGCCUGCAGGUUACAGGAGUAUUGAUCGACAUAGCCAUCGUUGACUGCUAGAAAAUAGCUACAGAGGCAUGUAAACUCUACGUGCUGUGGUGGUCCUGCAUGUAGGAGUUCAUAAUUAUUUGGAAUUUUCGAUCGUGCAAAAGGAAUCUGUGACGGUCUUGCUAGACUUUAGACCGUGCAGACCGCGCUUUGUUCCGUGGAGAAUUUCGACUGUUACAGCUCGCGAGACACUGACAAAUUCGUAAUUUUUUUAUUUAUUAUUAUUUUUUUUACAAAUCGCAAAUUUUUAUUAUCUUAUUUCAAAUACAAAUUAAAGACUAACAAUCAAAAUUACUACACAGUAGCAAGGAGGUUUGGCCAACAACACGAAUGAAUCUGUUGCACAUCCGACAAGUUCAUUCAUGACCUAUUGACCCAAUCGACUUCGAUAGUUAUCCAAUUUAUCUAGUAUUAUGCGGUUUUUUCAACCUGAGAAAAAAAUACGUUUUCUCGGUCGUAAAAUUAUAUUUUACGCCUCCGUGGACGUUAAGUGGAAGUCAAGAAACUCUGCUGGGAAUAUUGGUUUUUGACGGGAUGAUAAGCAGAAAUAGAUAACAAACGAGGGCCUUUUUAAACGCUGCCACAUUUUCGAUGCGUUAUGCGUUACGUGCCUUGUUUUCACGUUUUCCAGAACUUUGAUUGAACUUUGAAAGUCCCUUGGAAAGUUUGAUCUAGGGGCAAACUCAUUUUUUCGUCAAAGGAGUUGACUACUAUAAUUUAUCUGCAGAUCCAUAUUCACCUCUUUGUUUUAAGGCAAGGCCGUACACCAGGGUGUGUAUUUGUGUUAAACCAGUAUUUUUUCAUUACUUUUUUUUCCUGCUCUCAUGCCUUUUCUUCAAUACAGGUUGUGCUGAUUAAGCCUGCCAAUCAAAACGAUCCACCAACAAUUGGACAGACAAUACCUCAUAAGAUAUUCCACAUACCAUAUAACCAGUCUUAUUUUGAGGUAUUUUUUGUUAAAAGUCAUAUGGAAGACGGCGUAUGGAAGGCUCUAAUCAGAUUUACAGAGAUGCAAAGUGUCAUUUGCGAACACUUGUUAAAUAACACUGAACUGAUUCAACAUCUGAGGCAGUUUGACAUGAUAGUGUUUGAAAGACUUUUUUUGUGUGCUUCAAUAGUGGCAGAUCUUCUAAAAAUUCCUGCAGUGGUUUUAAUACCCUCUCCAAAUGCUCCAGCAGGUUGUUCACUUUUCAAGGUUCCUUGUCCAUUGUCAUAUGUGCCUUCGCGUCUCGCUGCAUUUACAAGUGACAUGUCAUUUAUACAACGUGUCAUGAACUCUGUAGGUCAGAUCAGUUUUGAGUUUGCUGUGAGACUUUUGAAAUCUCCAAGUGAGCGUCGCCUCAAGGAAAAAUAUAACAUUGCACCUGAGAAAGAACUUGAAGAGGUCCUCGGGAAUGCUGAGUUAGUGCUCAUUCUUGGAGACUUUGCACUUGAAUAUCCACAGCCACUUCUGCCAGGUUUGCUACCCAUCCUAAAUAGGAUACCACUCCAUGGCUGGGCUGCCCCAGCACCCCCCCUACCCUGCCCACCUUCCCCCUCCCCAGAUGUUAAGUGUUUGACAGGUUUUACUGACGGGUCAUUGGUACCCAUUUAUAAUCUUGGGUGGAGAGAAUUAAGUGUCCUUUUUACAAACAGAAAAAUUACUUAGACAGCCCUCUAACUUAACUGUUAGGUGACUACAUCUCCAUGAAAAAAAGAGAAAAAAAAGAGGAGAAAUCAAAAUUUCCCAUUGAAUACCUUGAUUGUGACUCUCUUGUGUUCUCAAUCAAGUCUCUUUUAAGACUUGCGUCAGACAUUGUAGGUCCAGUCUCUUGAAAUAAUACUCUCCUGAAAGGGUUGAAUGGCUGUCAGUUUGCUGAAGGGUGAUUUAUAUGAUUCCACUCAUAGCAUAAUUAACACAUGUGCAUCAGGAGAUUACAAACUUACUAGACAAAUCAGUUCCUGGGGUAUUUAUAGAUACCUAAUCACAUUCUGUUUGUAUUUAUUUUUUGUUUUGGUUUUUUCUUUUAAGGUCAGGUCAUGGUGGGUCCCAUCACUGCUAAAGCAGAACCUGACCCACUUCCCCUUGACUUGGCAAACAUUAUCAACAGUUCUAGGGGGCAUGGGUUCAUUAUUGCUUCUUUUGGAUCGUAUGCAGAAACAAUUAUUUCUAACAGGACCUUCGAUGUUAUGGCUGCAGCUUUUGGAAAGUUAAAGCAGAAAGUUAUAUGGAAACUUAAAGGUAUUUUUUUAGUAUUAAUUGUUAAUCACCAGUUAUUGUCAAGGUCAUCAUUGUCAUCAUUAUUGUUAUUAUCAAUGUAACCAUAAUCAUUGAUAUAAUUUUUAGCAAUGCAUUUUAUUUUAAGUAAGACAUAAUGUGUUAACUGUCUCCAGUGAAGUCGAAAUUGGUAGAAUGAAUGUAAUUAACCCUUUAACUCCCAUAAGUGACCAAGACAGAAUUUCUCCUAACAAUAUCAAUACAAUAUUAACCAGAUAGGUGAUGAGAAUAAAAGAAAACAUCAAUAUGGGGAUAAUUAGUUGAUCCAAUACUAAAUUCUCUGAACUAACAUAAAUAAAUUCUUCACUCUGACGAAGGGCCAACGCUGGAAAUGUCAGCUUUUUUACUCUUUACGGUGGCCAAUUUACGUUUUCAACCAAGUUGUUACCACUUAACUACCUAGCAUUAUAAGAAUUGUAUGGUUGACAGUAAGGAGAAUUACAAUUUUGAUGUGGGAGUUUAAGGGUUAAGAUUUUAUGUGCCUUUUAUUGGUGAAACUUUGAAUUCUUUGUUACUCAGGAAAAUCCUUUUUAUCAACUUUUUCAGGUUACAUUCCUUCACUGCUUGGUCCAAACAUCAAAGUAGUGAAGUGGAUACCUCAGAAUGAUCUGUUGGCUCACAAAGAUAUCAAAGCUUUUGUUUCUCAUGUAGGACACAGCAGUCUCUACGAGUCAGCUUACCAUGGGGUGCCUGUGGUGGCUGUUCCUCUCUUUGCUGAUCAGUUUUUUAACGCCAGGAAGGUAGAGCACUUUGGAUUGGGUAUGACUGUGGAUCACAAAACUGCGACUGCUGAGGAGUUUGCUAAGACAAUGGAGGAUGUGAUGACUGAACCAAGGUAGUGACACGUAUUUUAACAAAGUUUAGAGAGUCAUUUAAUUUGACAUGUAGUUGCAUAGCUGGAAGAUAUCUAGCAAUGUGAUUGUUUAUCUAUGGGGGAAAUCGGCGUGAAAAUCCAUGUUCAAAAGUUACACCGUUCAGCAGCAUAUGUAACAAAAAAGCCCGCAUUAAGAUCCUUAAGAAAGUUAUUACGACACAUGCAAUCGCUUAAAGUCACUGUGUGAAUUAUCAUCCACUUUUUUUUUUUCACUUUUUCCUGCAUGAAAGAAUCGUAAGUUUUUCAAUGUUAUUAUUCGAUCGUGUUUCUUCAGUUUCAAAAAAAAUGCUAGGCGCAUUUCUCGUCUUAUGAGAGACACUCCACGGACCCCCCUAGAGAAAGCUGGUGACUGGAUAGAGUAUCUACUCAGACAUGGUGGAGUCCAACACCUCAGAGCUCAAGUGUUUAACAUCCCUUGGUACCAGUACUACUUACUUGACGUCAUAGCUUUCCUUGUUGCUCUAGCUGCGUUUGUCAUCAUAGUGAUCAGAUGGGCAUGUGGAUGCAUGUUUCGUGUGUGUUUCCGCCCGAGCAGCGAGAAAGCGAAAAACGAUUGAUCUCUUUUGACCGGAGCUCGUGAUGUCACAAGUCAUGCAUCAAUAGUUACUUUGAUUUUAAGGAAUUCUGGUAAAGUUAACAUUUUAAAAUAUCCAUGGUAGUUGUCACCAUGUAAAUUUAAAGCCAGAUUUAAAAAGAUUCAGCGGUGAACGCACCACGUGCACCAUUUCUACGUGUAACUAUAGACAAUUACAGACUUGUAGACGUUGCUAGUUCGAUGUAGCCAGCGAACAAACCCACAUGAGUAGUGCUUUGGAAGGAGCGUUUCUUGGCUCGCGGGUUGGUAUGAAUCGUAGGUUAGCUAGCAAGAGGUCUGAAACGGGUCUAGACUCCCGGCAAACCUCUCCUCAACUCGUUUCAAAUCUUCCCGCGGGCGGAGAAACGCGCGUUAUGCAGGGCUAGUAAUAAAUGCUUUCUAGCAAAAACGCUUGCGGGCUAAGUUCGAUAUAAAUGAAAGGUUCUGAUGGUUGGUCAGAGUCAGCUGAGUAAGGGCCAAUUUUCAAUCACUGUUUUCAGUGGCGGAUUCAAGGGAGGGUGUCGCACGGCUGGACUCCUCUCCUCAGACCUGUGGGUUUUUAUUGUUAAUAGUCUAACAACAAAAUUCUUGCACCAACAAGAUCAUAUGUCACUUCUCACUAUGAAGUGUUUAAAAUUAACUUUCUUAGUGCUAAUACCAGAAAAAGUAAAACGCUCACCUUUUUAUGCUCAGUGCUCUAGGCGGAGUUUCACCUAAAUUUUUCGGAAUGUGUGCAUGUCGUCUCAGUAAAACUUUUUUAGACUGCCAUAAUUUUUAUUUAAAACUUACAGUGUUAACUAGUACAUAUGCUUAAAGAUAUUUUAAGGAGAUAGUUAGGAUCAAUUUUUUGUUUGAGUGAGGCUAUUCGUUCUCAAUAAUUAUUGAAUCAAGCUUUUCACCUUACUGAUUGUAAAUUUACUCAGAAUAGCUUUCAAGGAGAGUUGAUGAACUGCUCUAUUGAAAGCAAAAGGUCCCAGUUCCAGCCCUGUCCAGGGCCUUCAGUCCAUUAGUUCCUAGCGGGGAGAUGAUAACGUUGUGAUUACCUGAUCAGUUUUUUAUUAAAAUAAUCCAAAUCGUACGUGUAGAUAUGUACGGCCGUCCUUACGUGCGUACAUUAAUAUACCGAUAAGAAUUAACGGGACGGCUUGCGCUGGAAGAAAACAUUAAAAAACUGCGCUCAACUUCGUGCGCGUGCGAUUGUGUGAGUAUCGAUUGAAGAAAAACGCCAUUUUACGGCAUAAUUGUUCCCUAAUGUAGCUAAAUAAUGCAUUGGCUCUUCUUUGAUAAAUACCAUCGACAAAAUGAUGAUGCAACGUAAAACAGAACAGUAUCGCAGAUUGCCGUUCGCUGAGUACUUGUAUUGUACAGUUGGACCAGUGUAAUAUUUGUCCUAACAGUCCUAAGAAGAAAGAUAAUCUGAGAUACGUUAAGGACAUUGAACUUAAAGUACUUACAUUGAUUCCGGGAAAUAAAACAUGAAAUAUGUAAACUUUACUUUAAGAUUAUUCUUGGUUUUAUUUGGGUGGUUCCGUUUUAUGUGACCACCCGGCAUAGCUGAAGACGAUACACAGCAACAGACGGUUGGGACUCAGUCAAGGGUGACCACGACCGCUUAACGCGUUACGCCCUAAGAUCAUUAUUCAUCUUCUCCUUACCGUCCUCCAUUCAUUUCUUAAGGUGCUAACAAGGAGAAUUUGUUUACCAAUCAAGAGGUUCUUUAGUUGGUGAUCAUUUCCUUUAUUCUCAUGACCUUCAUGCAUGAUUCAGAGGUAAUACUGUAGGGAGAAAUUACAUGCUAGUCACUCUUAAGGGUGUAAGGAUUAAUAUGCGGUGUCGCUUAAGGUGUACGGGGAAACGAGACUUGGUGACAGUCCACCCACGGGGAACUUAAAUUUGCAAUCGCGGUGACCGAUUUUUAUCGUGGGAAACUACCUCGGGGGAAUUUUAGCUUUUGGAGCUGGUAUCGGCCACGAGAACAACAGGUUUUCUCGUGAAAGCUAUCCUAAAGUAACAAAAUGGGAAACGUGAAAUCCUAUGCAAGUGAACCAAUCAGCGCUUGUCGGUGAGUACGUUGCUGAUCACAUAUGUGGAUUUAUAUGUUAUCUCGUGAGACAUGUGACGUUAGGCAAUAUGCUUUUUUCAUUUAUAACUUGGAAUGCCGCGAUUUGGAACUCGUAUGGGUAUAUUUCGGUUUUUUGGAAUAUUCUACAAUUUUCUCCCGAUUAAAAGAUUCAUUUUUGUCUUAGAACCAGCCUUCAUUCCGACUUAGGGUUGUAAAUAUUGAUUCAGAUUGGCCUUUAGCUAGUGUAGUUAAGAAACUACUGUGCUAUUCGCCCAUCAAAAAUUCCUGGUUCCGCACCAGUUCAGGGCUUUCAGCCCAUUGAUUCCUGCGGUAAGCUCACCCAUUCAUGAAUUACAUAUCGAUUUCAAAGGUAUGUUAAUUAAGACCCACUAGUUCUGAAGAGGAAAGGAAGAAAGGCAGGGCUGUGUAGACUGUUAAAAAAAUUAUUUCAGACACCUUUCCUUCUUACUAGUGAGAGGGGAGUUGUGAGGGGGGAAGAUACAGGGAGGCACCGCGCUUUCACCACAAUUUUAUCCCCCCCCCUCCCACCCCAGCCCCUGCGUCCCCUCACCUCUCCAGGUUUUUCCACCCUCCAAGAUGGCCGAGGUGAAAUCGUUCUUACUUCUUUUUUCGGUUAUAAUAUCAAUGGAAUUAUCCUUUUCGGCUAGAAUCGCAGGUCUUAGCGGAACUUCUUCGGGAUCUCAUUAUUUUACGAUCAAAAAGGUCAUGGAGGAGUUGUUCUCCCGAGGUCACGAGGUGAGAGUUUCCUUCUUUCACAUUAUUUGCGGUCCCAACUGCAGUAAAUAUAUCCUUGAAACCUGCGUGUAUCGCUUACUUAAGGUAAUUUUUCUCUUGGGAGAAUGCUCACUACUUCGCAACCUGUAAAACUUUGCAUUUGAAACGCCGAUUCCUCUGAAGGGCGAGCAAAAUCUCGGAUCUCGUGACUCGCCGUUUUGGCCGGCAACGAAAGAACAUGGCGAUCACACCUCGUCAUAAAAUCUUCGCGCCUACUAAUUUCUCCUUCAGUGUGUUCACUCUCUUUGUCGUCUUCAGAGCAAAGGGUCCGCGGCUCAACUCGUAAAAUUAACGUCGAUUUCUGAUAAGCAGACAUAAAACGUAUGCCCCAGGGACUUCUUCAUCAAUGCGACUAGUUGAGCAACAGUGUCAUGCUGCUGCGCUAAUUAAGACGUGACGAUAGUUUUAACACCAAGCCAUUAUCUUUCGUUUUACCUCAUCUCCCUUGCCCCACUAAAGGCUUGAACGCAUGUUUGAGUUUUUGAAACGUCUCCAAAAACUCAAACAAACCCAGGCACGCACUGGCAACUACCAUCUACCAUGCCUAUUUGUCGAGGGAGUUACUUUGCAACAUUCAACUUUAGUGAUUUCUCGAUUUUUGUUUGUUUUGUUUUUAUUAUUAUUUUUUUAGCCCUGUUCUUUUUGUCUUUUCUUGAGUGAUCACAUGAGUAGUUGUUCGGAGCGCCGUAAUUUUUUUCAAGUGGAGGUUGAAUACUUCACAAAGUUUUUUUAGUUUUCUUAUACAGUAUAAUAAUACUUUUUCUUCUUUUCUGAUGUAGGUGGUGCUUGUUCGACCAGUGCUUCGUGAUGCACCACCAAGUAAUGAGCAGAAAAUUCCCCAAAGGACAUUCCUGACACCAUACGAUGAAAAAGAUACAGAGAAUAAAGUGAAAACAGCCAUGGAAGGCAAAUUGUGGAAGACAAUAAAUAACUUAUAUGAAAUGCAAAGAGUCAUUUGUGAAUACAUGCUGAAUGACACAGUGCUACUUCAAGAACUGAAAAGCUUUGACUUGAUAGUUUAUGAGAGUUUUUCCUUCUGUGCUGUUUUGGUCUCUGAGCUUCUUGGCAUUCCAAAAGUAAUCAUAUUUUCUGGUCCUCCAAAUGGUCCAGGAACUUUUGCCCAUAAUGUUCCCCACCCAGUAUCAUACAUUCCAGCACCAAUGACUUUAUUUACAAGUGAAAUGACGUUUUUACAGCGUCUUGUGAACUUUGGAGCAUACAACUUCAUACAGUCUGCAGAACAAGUUUUAAUUGCCAGGUACAUGGGUUCUCUGAAAGAGGAAUACAACAUCACUCCUGGGAAGAGCUACCAAGAAGCUGCUGGCACUGCUGAGCUGGUGCUGUUUCUUGCUGAUUUUGCACUGGAGUAUCCGCAGCCUCUUUUGCCAGGUUUGCCAAAUAAGUGGAAAAGGCUCUGAGCAACUGAGCACUUACCCCUUGCCUGACCAAACAACAAUCAACUGAUAACAAGUUGGGUUAAAUGUUGGGUCAGGGGAGGGGUAAGUGUGUGGCUGCUUAAAUGCUAGUAUUAAUAUCACUCUCAUAAUUAAGAGAGCUUACAGUUGGCAAUGGUUUUAAAUGUGUCAUGUGAUUUCAUUCAUGAAGGCAAGUUAAGCUGAGAUUUGAAAUAUCGAGUUAAGAUUAGGUGAUACAUGAAUUUUUUCUAUCCAAAAUUCCUGUGCAUGACCAGAUCUGGAUCCUGGGCCUUUGGUACUGAAAUCCAGCAGAUGGUUAAUUUAGAUUUUGAAAAUUAUCAAACAGGGAGUAUUGUCUAGAUCUAAUGGUAGGCUAAUUAUCAUUUGUCUGUAGUGUUCUGGCCAAAGGGGAGAGACUGGUGUCAAAAGUGCAGAAGGUGGGGGAGUAGGGUAAUGUAUAGGUAUUGAGGGAUCUUCAACCUCACCCCCUCCCCCACAUAUUUCUAAGAAUGAACCAGUCAGCACUAACUGUAUAUCUGUUUGUCUUCUUACAGGUCAAAUUAUGGUGGGAGCCAUUUCUGCAAAAGCAGAUCCUGAAACACUCCCCCCUGAAUUGAAAGAUUUUAUUGACAGUGCAGGGGGGCAUGGGUUUGUCAUUGCCUCUUUUGGGUCAUAUGCGCAAACAAUCAUAGCUAAGGAGAAGAUCAAUGUCUUGGCUGAAGCUUUUGGAAAGGUGAAGCAGAAAGUCAUAUGGAAACUGAAAGGUAUGUAACUUAAAGUAACUUUCCAAAGGGAUAGAUCUGGGCCCAGUUGGAAAAGGGGCAGAUAACGGUAUCCAAUGGACAAGUGAUAGCAAAAUGUAUAGGGUUAUCCACCAGAUAGAAAUUUAUCUAGUGGAUAGCGCCAUGCAACCUUUCAACGACCAGCAAGUCUGUACAUUCUACACCCAAAAGGGUGCAACUACCUCUUGCAUGGCAAAGUAUGUCAAAGAUUUUGUGUCAUUGAUCAAGUUGAUCACGCAUUUAUAGAAUGGAUAGGGAGAGCUUGAAAAUGAAUCCUCUUUUUUGGCUUCUUUUGCAAUGAUGUGGAGUUGUGGUUAUAAAUUUCAGUUAAUUGUCACUACUGUGUGUCAACAGAAUUUUUGUGAAUAGGGUAUGGAAGUCAUUUGUUUGAUAUCUUAUAUUACUAAAAGAUAUAAUUGUUGUGAUAAUUAUUAUUUCAGGCUACAUACCCUCAUCUCUCAGGCAAAACAUAAGAGUAAUGAGCUGGAUACCUCAGAGUGAUCUGUUGGCUCACAAGGAUAUCAAAGCUUUUGUAUCUCAUGUGGGACACAACAGCCUUUAUGAGUCAGCAUAUCAUGGGGUGCCUGUGGUGGCUGUGCCCUUGUGUACAGACCAAUUUUCUAAUGCCAGGAAGGCAGAACACUUUGGACUAGCAAAAGUUUUAGAUCACAAAACUAUGAAUGCUGAAGAACUUUCAGAGGCAAUUCAGCAUGUUAUUGAUGAACCAAGGUAUAUUUAUAGAGUGAUUUCACUUUACUCUAAACUGUUAACCCUUACUCAUGAGUAACCAAGACAGAAUUAUUCCUUCUUGAUGAGAACAAAGAAAAACAUCAACAAGGGGAUUAUCAUUUGAUCCAAUCCAAAUUCUCCCAACUAACAUCAUAACAAUUGUAUGGCAGAGAGUAAAGAGAAUUACUAAUGAGAUCUUGGGAAUGAACCUGUUAAGAUAACAAUACCUGUAGUUCAUGAUAGUCGCUUUUCAUUACCAUCAAUGAAAUGCCAACUUGUAUGGUGAACUGAGUAAUUUCAUAAACUUAUAGAGACCUUAGAGAAAGGCUUAACAACUGGAAUCAAAAUUGUGUUUGGGCUUGCACUAGGAAAAGCAGCCUAACAAAGGCUACAAGACACAUAUUUUGAAUAAUAUUUUCAUAUAGUUCUGACAUCCACAUCUUUUGUCCAUGAAAUUCCCUUUCCCUUCAAGUUAUUAACUCGUAGUAUUAACAAAUUCCUUGCUAUAUAGAAUCAUGCAGGUGCAAAAUUCUUAUGUUAAUUGGUAUUGUUGUAAUUGGCAUUGUUAAAUGUUGCUAUUCUUAUUUGUGUCAGAUUCAAGAGAGAAGCCAAACGCAUUUCUCAUCUUAUGAAAGACAAUCCAAGGACCCCCCUGGAGAAAGCUGGGGACUGGAUAGAGUAUGUACACAGACAUGGUGGAGCCCAACACCUCAGAGCUCAAGUGUUUAACAUCCCUUGGUACCAGUACUACUUACUUGACGUCAUAGCUUUCCUUGUCGCUAUAGUAACAUUAGUUGUCAUGGUGAUUAGGUACACAUGCAGGUGUUUAUGCAAAGCGUGUUGUAAAAAUGGUGCUACAAAAACUAAAAAGGAGUAGGCAUACAAUAAUCAUUGUUCUUAAGGAUGUCACUCAAUGCUUAAUUUUUAUUGUUAUGACGACAAAGAGACACCUUCAAAAAAUUCCAAACAAAUACAAAUUGCAUGAAAUUAUCAUAGCCAACAUCUUGAUCAUGAUCCUGUUUCACGCACACAAUUAAAAAAAAAAGAAAUAACGAGUCAUGUGCACCUGCAACAAUACUUCACGCCUCACGAAUUUAAAAGGGAAAACUUUAAAUCUCACCUAACCUGGCUUUUUCACAAAGUUCACGCACACGUACAAAAUUUAGGCGUCACGUAAUAUUUAAGUCGUUGCCACGUUCGAGUACAACCGUAUUGAUGAUACCAAAAUAGCCAUUUUUUUGUCCACUCGUAUCUUCAUUAAAGAGGGAAGGCGAGGGUGUUGUCCUUUGUAAUUUUGCAGAUUAUCUUACUAUUUCUUCUAUGUGGCGCACAAGUUUCGUUGUGGUGGUAAAUCUUUGCAGAUCUCGCAAUUCCAACCCCAAACCACGCAACAGAAACACUCACCGAUAAAUCCUCAUAAAUAAGUUUAAAUGACUUAAAAUAACGCAAAUAUACGGUUGCCCAUAGAGGACAAGCUAUCCCAUUUUUUAAUUCAAUCUUACCACGCGAUAAAUGAGAUUUUUCAUAUAAACUAUGGUUUAUAUGAAAAGCGCUGAGAAAAGUAGCAACAACACUCGUGAAAAUAUAUCGUGUAUUUUUUUCUCACGAGUGUUUGAUAUCGCCAAUCAGCUGCUGAUACGUCACUUGCCUUUCGCGCCACUCGGCCAGGCUUGAUGAAUGAACGGCGAAGCUUUCACCAUUCUCAAUCCAAGGUCGCUUGUCGGGAUUUGUGCGGAGAAUGGCUGCUAAAACACUGAAAAAUCCGUAUCGCUUACAAACAGUGACGUUCAAACUUUGCCAGAAGGGAAGGAAAACCAAAAUGCGGAAAGAAAAACUGAAAGUUACGUAUUCAGUGGCUUUGGUAAUGGCAUUUCUCGCGGCUGAGAGCAAAAAUCGACAACUUUCAUUUAAUAAUAAAGUUGACUUUUCUUGUCAGUAAAGGGCUAUUGUAUUUAUAUGAUAAACAAAAUAAUACAUGGUUACUUGUAGACAUGAAAUUUCUCUUCUCGUGUUCAACUCGAGUUAAACAUUCAAAGAGAAAUUCCAAUCUACGUGCGCCCAUGUAUUAUUCUCUAUUUAUCACGCGAUGAAAUCAAAAUAUCGCGCGAUGAGUGGGAAACUUGUUGGGUCGCACGUGACCGGCUGUCACGCACGUUGUUUCUGCGGACGAGACGACAAUGGCUGCAACAGUUGAGGAGGUAUGUUAUGAGGUCAAUAGUUUGUUUUAUUUUCGUGAAAAGAUCAUUGAGCAGUUCUUUUCAAUACUUGUACGACACAGCUUUAUGAAUCAGUACAGUAAACCUUGAUUUUGCGAAAUCUUACGAGACUCUUACAGAGAUGACUAUCAGUGUCUGAGGACAAGUGUGGAUUAUCUAAUCUUCCUGAUUACAUUACAGGUUUGUAAAUUCCUAGAUGGCACUUCAGCAUCGCCAACCGCAUUAAGAUAGAACUUUCCAACUGUUGCAGUCAGUGUCAAUGUUGUUUCAAGAUCUUGCCUUGAGUCCAAUCAAUUUAUUUAAUUAUUUUGUUGUUAACACAGUGACAGCAUACAGUUCGUUUAAUUUUUUCGUGCCGCCCACGAUUUAUUAUGGUACAGUUGGACUUCGAGGUCAUUAAAUAGCAAAUGACUUGCAAGAUGUUUGUGCAUAAUAUUUGUCCUAACAGUCCUAAGAGGAAAGAUAAUUUGCAAUGCGUUGAGGACAUUGAACUCAAAGUACUAAUGUUGAUUCUGGGAAAUAAAAUACAAAAUAUAUAAAUUUUACUUUAGAGAUUAUUCUUAGUUUUAUUUGGGUGGUUCCAUUUGAUGUGACCACCUGGCAUAGGUGAAGACAAUACAAACAGGCUGUUGGGACUCGGUCAAAGGUGAUCACAACCGCUUAACUCUUUAACUCCCAGAUCAAAUUUGUCAUUCUCCUUACUGUCAACCAUAUAAUUCUUAUGAUGUUACUUUUGAGAAUUUAGUAUUGGAUCAACUAAUUAACCUCAAAUUGAUAUUUUUCUUUAUUCUUGUCACUUAUCUGGUUGUUAUUGUAUUGAUAUUGUAAGGAGAAAUUCUGUCUUGGUCAAUCAUGAGAGUUAAGGGUUAGUAAGGGUGAAAAUCAUUGGUAAUGCUGUGCCACUUAGGGUAUAUGAGGACGUGAGACUUGACGACAGUCCACGCGAAACUUAAGUAUGCAGGUGUGACUGAUUUUCAUUGUGGGAAAUUACCUCAGGAAAUUUUAGCUUAUGGAACUGGCAUCGGCCAAAAGAACAGAAGGGUUUGCCAUGAAAGCUACCCAAAGCAACAAAAUGAGAAACUUGAAAUCCCAUGCAAACAAACCAAUCAGCGCUUGUGGGUGAGUACCUUGCUGACAUAUGUGGAUUUCAAUGUUAUUUCAUGAAAUGUGAUGUUAGGCAAUUUUCAUGUACACCUUACAAUGGUGCUAUUUAAAACUCUCAUAUGAGUAUAUUUUGGUUCAGUUUUUGAAUAUUCUACAAUUUCCUUCCCAGUCAAAUAAUCAUUAUUGUCCAAGAACUAGCCUACAUUCCUACUUCUCAUUAUUGUUUGUUAAUUGACUUAGAUUGGCCUUCUAGAAAAGUUAAUAAACUACUAAGCUGAUCAAUAAAAGUUUCUGUCCACUCUCCCACCAAAAAUUCCUGUUUCUGCACCAGGUCAGGGCUUUCAACCCAUAAUUUCCUUCUGUAAGCUCACCCAUUCAUGAAUUAAAUAUCAAUUUUUACAGGUAUGUUAAUUAAGACCCACUAGUUCUGAAGAUCGAGGAAAGGAAGAAAGGCAGGACUGUAUAGACUAUUUAAAAAAAUUGUUUCAGACACCUUUCCUUCAUACAGUUUUCAUAAGUUUGAAAGUUGUUGAAUGCCGACUGCCUUUUCAUCACUUUUUUUUUGUCGUUGUGCUCAUGUUUGCCAAAAGCGCAGCAAAAAAUGAUAGUUGAUGUCACAUGCUACUACGUGUUCCUCUGUUCACCCCCUCUAUCCAUGCCAUUCCUGAAUUUUUAAGUGGGUUGCGUGAGCGGUUCGGGAUCAGUCAGAGUUUAAUUUAAGGGAUCAUUUUCAGUUGGGAACCAUCUGCGGGGCUGAAGUAUAUGGACAAAUUUGCAUUACUAGUGAGUAGAGGGUUAUGAGGGGGAGAAGAUACAGGAAGGCACUGCGCUAUCGCCUCAAUAGUCUUUCUUUCCCCCAAUUCCCCGCGCCCCCUCGCCUCACCCUCGAAGAUGGCCGAGAUAAAAUCGUUCCUACUUCUUUCUUCGGUUAUAUUAUCGAUGGACUUAUCAUUUUCGGCCAGAAUUGCAGGUUUUAGCGGAUUUUAUUCGGGAUCCCAUUAUUUUACGAUCAAAAAGGUUAUGGAGGAGUUGUUCUCCCGAGGUCACGAGGUGAGAGUCUUUCGCACUAGAUGCGGUCCCAACUACCGUAAAUAAAUCCUUGAAACCUGCGUGUACCGCUUACUUAAGGUAAUUUUCAUCCGGGAGAAUGCUCCCUAUUUCGCAUUCUGUAAUGUUUUGCAUUUGAAAUGCCGAUUCUUUUGCAGGGCGAGGGAAAUCUCGGAUCUCGUGACUUACCGUUUUGGCCCGCAACCAAAGGAACAUGGCGAUCACACCUCGUCUUAGAAAUUUUCGCGCCUAUUAAUUUUCCUUCAGUGUGCUCACUCUCUUCAUCGGCUUCAGAGCAAAGGUUCAUGACUCAACUCGUUAAAUUAACGCCGAUUUCUUAUAUACCAGACAUAAAGCCUACACCCUAGGAGCUUGACGUUAUCAAUGACACUAGUUGAGGCACAUGCUGCCGCGCUAAUUUAGAGGUGACGAUAGUUUUAUCAUCACGCCAUUCUCUUGCGUUUUACCUCGUUUCCCUUGCCUCGCGGAUUUACUGGGUUAUUAAACGUCUCCACAAACUCAAACGAGCCUUCACGCACUGGCAACUACCAUCUAUUAUGCCAUUAGUGGUGGGAGUUACUUUGCAACAUGCAACUUAUUAAGUGAUUUCUCUAUUUCUGUUUUGUUUUGUUAUUUAAUUUUUUACCUCUUUUUUUUCUUCUUGAAUGAUUACAUGAGUAGGUGUUUGGAGCACUGUAAUUUUUUUUCAAGAAGAGGUUGAAUACUUUGCAAAGUUUUUUAGUUUUCUUAUACAGUAUUAUUACUUUUUCUUCUUUUCUGAUGUAGGUGGUGCUUGUUCGACCAGCAGUUCGUGAUGCACCACCAAGUAAUGAGCAAAAAAUUCCCCACAGGACAUUCCUGACUCCAUACGAUGAAAAAGAUACAGAGAAUACAGCGAUAACAGCCAUGGAAGGCAAAAUAUGGAAGACAAUAAAUCGCUUACAUGAAAUGCAAAGAGUCAAUUGUGAAUACAUGCUGAAUGACACAGUGCUACUUCAAGAACUAAAAAAGUUUGACUUGAUAGUUUAUGAGAGUUUUUCCUUCUGUGCUGUUUUGGUCUCUGAGCUUCUUGGCAUUCCAAAAGUAAUCAUAUUUUCUGGUCCUCCAAAUGGUCCAGGAACUUUUGCCCAUAAUGUUCCCCACCCAAUAUCGUACAUUCCUGCACCAAUGACUUUAUUUACAAAUGAAAUGACAUUUUUACAGCGUCUUAUGAACUUUGGUACAUAUAAACUCACACAGUCUGCAGAACAAGUUUUAAUUGCCAGGUAUAUGGGCUCUCUGAAAGAGGAAUACAACAUCACUCCUGGGAAGAGCUACCAAGAAGCUGCUGGCAAUGCUGAGCUGGUGCUGUUUCUUGCUGAUUUUGCACUGGAGUAUCCACAGCCUCUUUUGCCAGGUUUGCCAAAAUAAGUGAAAAGGAUCUGAGCAACAGAGUACUUACCCCUCCCCUAACCAAACAACAAUCAACUGAUAAUAAGUAGGGUUAAUGUUGGGUCAGGGGAGGGGUAGGUGUGAUGAGGCUGCUUAGAUGUUGGCAUUGAUUUGUUAAGUAAUCCAAUCACUCCUGUAAUAGAGUUUAGAGUUGGAAAAGGUUUUACAUGUGACAUGUGAUUCCAUAUAUGACGUGUAAAUUUUACAGAAAGGCGAGUUAAGGUGUGAUGUGAAAUUUUCCCUUUGAAAUUUAUGAUGUGUUAAAUACUGCUUAAAGAUCAAGUGAUGCAUUAAUGUUUUUUUUAUGUUCAAAAUUUGUGCAAAAAACCAGCCAACAGAUAAGUGAUAGCAAAAUGUAUGGGGUUAUCCACCAGAUAGAAAUUUAUCUCGUGGUUAAUUAGCGCUAUGGGACCUUCCUAUUACAGAAGGGUAAUGGAAAUUUUUGAAAAUUAUAAAUCACAAAAUAUUGUCUAGAUCUAAUGGUAGGCUAGUUAUCAUUUAUCUGUAGUAUCUUGCCCAAGGGGGGGGGGAGGUAAUAAGGCAUCCUCAACCUCACCCCCUCCUCCACAUUAUUCUUAGGAUGAACCAGUUAGCAUUAACAGUUUAUCUGUUUGUCUUCUUGCAGGUCAAAUUAUGGUGGGUGCCAUUUCUGCAAAAGGGGAUCCUAAUACACUCCCCCCUGAAUUGAAAGAUUUUAUUAACAGUGCAGGGGGACAUGGGUUUAUUAUUGCCUCUUUUGGGUCAUAUGUACAAACAAUCAUAGCUAAGGAGAAGAUCGAUGUCUUGGCUGAAGGUUUUAGAAAGGUGAAGCAGAACGUCAUAUGGAAACUGAAAGGUAUGUAACCCUAAGUAACUUUGCAAAGGGAUAGAUCUGGGCUCAGUUGGAAAAGGGGCAGAUAACACUAUCCAGUAGAUAGGUGAUAGCAAAAUGUAUGGGGUUAUCCACCAGAUAGAAAUUUAUCUAGUGGAUAGUGCCAUGGGACUUUUCAACAACUGGCAAAUAUACAGACUUUACACCCAAAAGGGUACUACCUCUUGCAUGGCAGAGUAUGUCAAAGAUUUUGUGUCAUUGAACAAGUUGAUCAUGCAUUUAGAGAAUGGAUAGGGAGAGCUUGAAAAUGAGUCCUCUUUUUUAGCUUCUUUUGCAGUGAUGUGGAGUUAUAAAUUACAGUUAAUCAUCACUGAGUCAACAGAAUUUUUGUGACAAGGAUAUGGAAAUUAUUUUUUUGAUAUCUUAUAUUACUAAAAGGUAUAAUUGUUGUGAUAUAAUUAUUAUUAUUUCAGGCUACACACCCCCAUCUCUCAAUAAAAACAUAAAAGUAAUGAGCUGGAUACCUCAGAAUGAUCUGUUGGCUCACAAGGAUAUCAAAGCUUUUGUAUCUCAUGUGGGACAUAACAGCCUUUAUGAGUCAGCAUAUCAUGGGGUGCCUGUGGUGGCUGUGCCCUUGUAUGCAGACCAAUUCCCUAAUGCCAGGAAGGCAGAACACUUUGGAAUAGCAACAGUUUUAGAUCACAAAACUAUGAAUGCUGAAGAACUUUCAGAGGCAAUUCAGCAUGUUAUUGAUGAACCAAGGUAUAUUCAUAUAUAUAUAAUUUAUUAUAUUUAUUUCACUUUCCUCUGAGCUGUUAACCCUUAAUUAAACUCUCAUGGGUAACUAAGACAGAAUCAUUUCUCCUUGAUGAGAAUAAAGCAAAACAUCAAUAAGGGGAUUAUCAUUCAAUCUUAUUCAAAAUUCUCCAAACUAACAUCAAAAGAAUUGUAUGGCAGACAGCAAGGAGAAUUGCUAGUUAGAUCUUGGGAAUGAACAGGUUAAGUUAAAAUACCUGUAGUUCUCAAUGGUCACUUUUCACUAACAGCAUUGAAAUGCAAACUUCUAUGGUGAUAUGAUAAAGACCUUAGAGAAUGGCUUUAAGCUGGAAUCAAAAUUGUGUUUGCACUUGCACCAGGAAAAGCAACCUAACAAAGGCUUCAAGACAUAUUUUAAAUACUAUUUAAAUAUAAUUAUGACAUCCACAUCUUCUGUCCACAAAGCUGCCUUUCCCUUCAAAUUAUUAACUUGUUGUAUUAAUAAAUUCCUAGCUAUAUAGAAUUGUGCAGUUGCAAAAUUCUUAUGUUAAUUGGUAUUGUUGUAAUUGGCAUUGUUAAAUGUUGCCAUUCUUAUUUUUUUCAGAUUCAAGAGAGAAGUCAAACGCAUUUCUCGUCUUAUGAAAGACAAUCCAAGGACCCCCUUGGAGAAAGCUGGGGACUGGAUAGAGUAUGUACACAGACAUGGUGGAGCCCAACACCUCAGAGCUCAAGUGUUUAACAUCCCUUGGUACCAGUACUACUUACUUGACAUCAUAGCUUUCCUUGUCGCUAUAGUAACAUUAGUUGUCAUGGUGAUUAGGUUCACAUGCAGGUGUUUUUGCAAAGCAUGCUGUAAAAGUAGUGCUACGAAAACUAAGAAGGAGUAGGCAUGCUAUAAUUGCUGUCCUGUAGGAUGUCACUGAGUGCUUAAUUUUGGGUGUUAUCACGAAAGGUGACACCUUCAAGAAAUUCCAAGCAAAUGCAAAUUGCAUGAAAUCAUCAUAGCCAACAUAUUGAUCAGGAUCCUGUUUCACGCACAAAAUUAAAAAAAUAACAAGUCACUUGCACUGGAAACAGUAUUUCACGCUUCACGAAUUUAAAAGGGAAAACUUUAAAUAUCACCCUACCUUGCAUUUGCGUUCUGGUAAGAUUCAUUAAGAUUAAAGAUUAAAAUAGCCUGGG